CAUCAACAUGGAAAUUGUCCAAAGAAACGAGGCCUUCAAAAAAAUCGAUGGCAAAAUGAAAUUUUCCUACGUCCAGAUGUUUGUUCGGCAAGAUGGCAAAUUAUAUUCUGGAAAAUGGAGGAAUCGACUAGAUUCGCCCAAGACGCUGGAUGAUCUCCAGGCCGUCCAGCAAAUCCCAACCGAGGACAGGGGCCCAGAGGUGAAUCCCACUUGGUCCGCGGUGUACGUGAAAACACCAAGUCUCCUGGCGUAUGUCGAUGAGAAUCUCGAAAAACAAAUCACCCGCGAAGUUGAAACAUGCGAGACCCUUCGCAGGAAUCCCCACCCAAACAUCGCGCCCUAUUAUGGCUACACGGAGACUCAUGGUCGAGUCUCUGGGCUCUGCUUCAAGCGAUAUACAACCACGCUACUUGAGGCGGUCAAUCCUCAACGCGUGGGCAAGGUUGUGUUCCGUUCGAGUGCGCGCGAUCUAGUGAACGAGAACAUGAAAAGUGGUUUGGAGGGGAUCUUGGCCGCCAUUGAACAUCUCCACGCGCUUGGGAUCGUCCAUAACGAUAUCAACCCCGCGAACAUAAUGCUUGACGAAGACGGGACGCUGGUUCUCAUCGAUUUCGAUAGCUGUCGAUAUAUCGGGGAGUCUUUGCGCAGCACUGGAACGAAAAGAACUCACCACUGGCACGAUCCUACUGUUGAUAUCUCGCGCGAGAAAAAUGACCUUGACGCCUUCAAGGAUCUACAAGUCUGGUUGGCUGGGUCGGUGGAUGAAGACUUUCUUUUCGAAUGAAGGGCUUGUUAGGAAAACACUAGCACCGAAGGGAUCAUGUUCUACCUGUCCUGGGCGAAGCAGAGCUUUUGGAAAACCUUCUCAGUAGAAUCCUGGAUCCAUAGGGUCCAGCUAAUCAUCUCGAAACAACUAGAUCUUGAAAUCUCG